CUCUAGAAAGCUCCCCGCGCAGCGCGGUUGUGUUCGCGGCCUACGCGAGUAGGUGCAUCCGAACCAGUCUCACGGGCGAGCGGCGCGUAGAAACCUCGAACCGGUGGAGCCCACUCAUAACCUGGAGCCUGGAAGACCGCGAAGACAAUAUCGUUUCCUCAGCGGCGGACUGCUGCAGUAAGAAUGUCUUUCCCCCCUCAUUUGAAUCGCCCUCCCAUGGGAAUCCCAGCACUUCCACCAGGGAUCCCACCCCCACAGUUCCCUGGCUUUCCUCCACCUGUACCUCCAGGGACCCCGAUGAUUCCUGUACCAAUGAGCAUUAUGGCUCCUGCUCCAACUGUCUUAGUACCCACUGUGUCUAUGGUUGGAAAGCAUUUGGGAGCAAGAAAAGAUCAUCCAGGCUUAAAAACUAAAGAAAAUGAUGAAAAUUGUGGUCCCACUACUACAGUUUUUGUUGGCAACAUUUCCGAGAAAGCCUCAGACAUGCUUAUAAGACAGCUCCUAGCUAAAUGUGGUUUGGUUUUGAGCUGGAAGAGAGUACAAGGUGCAUCUGGAAAACUUCAAGCCUUCGGAUUCUGUGAGUAUAAGGAGCCUGAAUCUACCCUCCGUGCACUCAGGUUAUUGCAUGAUCUACAGAUUGGAGAGAAGAAAUUGCUUGUUAAAGUUGAUGCAAAGACAAAGGCACAACUUGAUGAGUGGAAAGCAAAGAAGAAAGCUUCUAAUGGGAAUGCCAGGCCAGAGACUGUCACUAAUGAUGAUGAGGAAGCCUUAGAUGAAGAAACAAAGAGAAGAGAUCAGAUGAUUAAAGGGGCGAUUGAGGUUUUAAUACGUGAAUACUCCAGUGAGCUCAAUGCCCCCUCCCAGGAAUCUGACUCUCACCCCAGGAAGAAGAAGAAAGAAAAGAAGGAGGACAUUUUCCGCAGAUUUCCAGUGGCCCCACUGAUCCCUUAUCCACUUAUCACUAAGGAGGAUAUAAAUGCUAUAGAAAUGGAAGAAGACAAAAGAGACCUGAUAUCCCGAGAGAUCAGCAAAUUCAGAGACACACACAAGAAACUGGAAGAAGAGAAAGGCAAAAAGGAGAAGGAAAGACAGGAAAUUGAGAAAGAACGGAGAGAAAGAGAGAGGGAGCGUGAAAGGGAACGAGAAAGGCGAGAACGGGAACGAGAAAGGGAAAGAGAACGUGAACGAGAAAAGGAGAAGGAACGGGAGCGGGAACGAGAACGGGAUAGGGAUCGUGACCGGACAAAAGAGAGAGAUCGAGACCGGGAUCGAGAGAGAGAUCGUGACCGCGAUCGAGAAAGGAGCUCAGAUCGAAAUAAGGAUCGGAGUCGAUCAAGAGAGAAGAGCAGAGACCGUGAAAGGGAACGAGAGCGGGAAAGAGAGAGAGAACGAGAACGGGAACGGGAGAGGGAACGGGAGCGAGAGAGAGAGCGAGAAAGGGAACGGGAACGAGAAAGAGAGAAAGACAAAAAACGCGAUCGAGAAGAAGAUGAAGAAGAUGCAUAUGAACGAAGAAAACUAGAAAGAAAACUCCGAGAGAAAGAAGCUGCAUAUCAAGAGCGUCUUAAGAAUUGGGAAAUCCGAGAACGAAAGAAAACCCGCGAAUAUGAAAAAGAGGCUGAAAGAGAAGAAGAAAGAAGAAGAGAAAUGGCAAAAGAAGCUAAACGACUAAAGGAAUUCUUAGAAGACUAUGAUGAUGAUAGAGAUGAUCCCAAAUAUUACAGGGGAAGUGCUCUUCAGAAAAGGUUGCGUGAUAGGGAAAAGGAAAUGGAAGCAGAUGAACGGGAUAGGAAGAGAGAAAAGGAAGAGUUGGAGGAAAUCAGGCAGCGCCUUUUGGCAGAAGGACACCCAGAUCCAGAUGCAGAGCUCCAAAGGAUGGAACAAGAGGCCGAGAGGCGCAGACAACCACAAAUAAAGCAAGAACCAGAAUCAGAGGAAGAGGAAGAAGAAAAGCAAGAAAAAGAAGAAAAACGAGAAGAACCUGUGGAAGAGGAAGAAGAGCCAGAGCAAAAGCCCUGUCUCAAACCAACACUGAGGCCCAUCAGCUCUGCCCCAUCUGUUUCCUCUGCCAGUGGGAACGCAACCCCCAACACUCCUGGGGAUGAGUCUCCCUGUGGAAUUAUUAUUCCUCACGAAAACUCACCUGAUCAACAACAACCUGAGGAGCAUAGGCCAAAAAUAGGACUAAGUCUUAAACUGGGUGCUUCCAAUAGUCCUGGUCAACCUAAUUCUGUGAAGAGGAAGAAACUCCCUGUAGAUAGUGUCUUUAAUAAAUUUGAGGAUGAAGACAGUGAUGAUGUACCCCGGAAAAGAAAACUGGUUCCCUUAGAUUAUGGUGAAGAUGAUAAAAAUGCUGCCAAAGGCACUGUAAACACUGAAGAAAAGCGCAAACACAUAAAGAGUCUUAUUGAGAAAAUCCCUACAGCGAAACCUGAGCUCUUUGCUUAUCCCCUUGAUUGGUCUAUUGUGGAUUCUAUACUGAUGGAACGGCGAAUUAGACCAUGGAUUAAUAAGAAAAUCAUAGAAUACAUAGGUGAAGAAGAGGCUACAUUAGUUGAUUUUGUUUGUUCUAAGGUUAUGGCUCACAGUUCACCUCAGAGCAUUUUAGACGAUGUUGCCAUGGUACUUGAUGAAGAAGCAGAAGUUUUUAUAGUCAAAAUGUGGAGAUUAUUGAUAUAUGAAACAGAAGCCAAGAAAAUUGGUCUUGUGAAGUAAAACUCCUUUUUUCAUUUAGAGCUCCAUUUCAGAUUUCUUCUUUCUCAUCAUUCAAAGGACUUUGAAGUUUUCUUUGUCCUCAAAGACAUUUGUGAGACCUGUAAUUUUUUUUAAUGUAGAAAAUGUGAAUUUUUUUUUUUUUUCGGUCCUCUGAUUUGUUGAUCCCCUGUGUUGUAAAGUCAUCUGAGUCCUGCCUUGGUUCUCUUUAUAUUCACCAGGUACAAAUUACUGGUAUGUUUUAUAAACUGCAGCUACUGUACACAGCCUAUCUGAUAUAAUCUUGUUCUGCUGAUUUGUUCCUUGUAAAUAUUAAAAUGACUCCCCAAUUCUUUUGCAGAAUUGCACUUAAUGUUGAACUGUACUGUAUAGGAACCCACACGAACAAUUCUAGUUGAAAGAAUACCACUCAUACCUAUUAUCCAUCUUUGAUAAGAAAUGGCAAGUCCUGGUAAAGGUGUGGAAUUUAACAUUAGAAUGCAAAAAUUAGUAGACAGUCUAUUCCUUCUGUAUUUCUGGAUGAAUGUGUUUGUGUGAAUGUAUGUGUAAAAGUCUUAACAUUUCCCUAAUUUUCUUUGGAAGGCUCGCAUAAACAUUUCCUAAUUGCAGAAUGGAAUCAUAAAGGAAGAGUAAUACUGUGCCAACCCCAGUGUCCGGGAAAAUUAGGUUAUUAGUCUCUCAGAUAAUGGUAUUCUUUUGUGGUAAGCAACUGGCUGCUUCAGCCUCUCUUUUAAGCGAUUAUAAAUCAUAGUGACCCCCCCACCCCCAAUAAUUUCAUUGUUCAGAAAUGAGGCAGAUACUUAGAUUCUUCAUAGUUGUAUUUAAUGCAUUUUUCUAUUAAUUGGGCCUUGGUUUACUUUUGCUGUACCCCUUUGUAAAACAACUUCCUUCCUAAAGCAUAAGUGAAAAAAAAAAUCCUUUUAUAUUUAAUUUUAAAAACAAAGAUAAAAUUAGGCCAUAGUAGACACUAGGAAAAGUUUGAUAAAACAAAUAAAAUUGAGCUUGGUACUUUACAAAGUUUACAUCUUAUUUCUAAGGAAAAAGUAAAUCAUUUUAAGGCAGUUCCUGGUCACUAAUUUUUUGCUGUCAUUUUUUUCUGUGAACAGUUUGUAUCUUUGUGUGUACAUGUACACACACCCAUACUUUGAGUUGCCUCUGCUCAUCAAAGUUGAAAUACAUACUGAUGAUGUGCUUAGAGACUCAUAUGAGCUGUUUUAUUGUAGAUCAGAACUUAGGAGCAAAAUUACCUGAAAAUGUAACAUGUUUUAAACAGUUGAUUACACAAAUUAGGUGCAGCUGUUUCCAUAUCAGUAUAUUUAUUUAAAAGAAUGAUAAAGAUUGGCCUGUUAGAAAAGCAUAACUGUGAGCUUGGGUUACUAGAUUUUUUUACAUCUUAAGAAGACAUUUGAAAAUACUGUUCUUAACAUUGGAACACAAAACUGCUCCAUUGUGUAAAUAUUUCAAAUAUUAAAAAUGUAUAUAUUCUUUCAGAAUCUUGUCAAAUAAAUGGCAUCAUGUUGCAGUUGUGCAAUGCAUACUAGAAAACUUGAAAAGAUGCACUGAAAUUUUGGUGGACUUGAUUUUUAUGAGUAUUGGUAGCUGAAGGCCAAAGAGGCCAUUUACCUUAAUUACUCCUUACUUAUUUGGAUUAAUCUAUACAGCUAUAGAACUAUCCUUUUUAGUGUUAAAAUAUCUUAAAUUCUGGUUUCCCAAAAAUUUCAGAAAGAUGCUUUUUGCCAUUUACAAAUUUAUUUACUAGUCUUUUCUCAGAUCCACUUGUACCCUAUUCCCAGCCUAAGACCUUUUUGAGGAGUUGGUUAUACCUCUAUAUUUUCUUAACAUAGUGUACAGUUUCUGCUUCUGAGGCUUUGUAGUAGGUUGUUAUUUAGCCUAUAUUAACAGGCAGGUUUAUUCGGGUAGAUUUAAUUUCACUUACUUUGAGUUCUCCUGCUCUUUCAACUGUACUUAAAGAACACUACUAAAAGUUAGAGAUACUCCUUAUAUGAAACCCUUGGGGGCAAAUAGCACCCUCAGUAGAGUUUGUGUGAAGGAUCCCAAAUUCAAAUAGUAACAUUUCUGCAGCAGAACAGAGAUCGUCACAACUAAGUGGGGUAAAGACCACUAAUAGCAUGUCAGUUCAAGUCAGGUUUUCCACCCAGCUUAAUGAAAAACCUAUAGGUUUUCAGAGCUUCUUGUUAAGAAUUGCAUAUAAAGAAUUGGACAGGUAUAAACUGGUAUAUUCUAAUAUCUGGGAAAAUAGUAAAUUGCUUGGGCUUUCUGGAUUGUCUUUACCAUGUUUGUAUGAAUUAGUUUCAGUUUCGAAAUCAUUUAGUAAAUUAUAUUUCCUAUUCGAGUUAUAAAAACUAUGAAAAUCUUGAGAACCACUCUUGAUCUAGCACUUGAAAAUCUAAAUAUGAACAUCUGUACAGAGAAAAAGUAAGUUAUUCGAGGUAGUGUUUCUCAAACUUGAAUGUGCAUUUGAAUCACUUAGGGGAUCUUGUUAAAAUGCAGACUCUGGUUUAGUAGGCCUGGAAUGGGGCCUAAAAUUUUACACUUCUAACCAGCUUCUGGGUGAUUCCAAGGACUACACUUUGAUUAGUAAGCAGUUCAAGUAUCUACUCAGUACUAUUUUAUUCUAAAACUAUACCAGUGCAACUUUUCUUUCUAAAGAGAAACAUUUUUCUGAGGCAAAUAUACAGGUACAUGUUAUGUGUGUUCAUAAACAUAAAGUAAUCUAAAAUGAUGCCUGAGAUCAACCCUAGUAGUAGUCUAGGCUUUAUUCCCCAGAACGUUUUCUCAGAAUUCUUUGUUAUUACCUACUCUGCAUUUGAGCAUAGUGCUUCCAUACAAACUGUUUAAUAGUAGGAGCUAAUGAUUCUUUUUGUGGAGAGUGCUAUUUCAGAUAUUAAUCAGACAUGAAUCCAGAUAUAGUGGACAUGCUGAGAAAACAGUGGGCUUGAGGGCCAAAUUGAACUAAAACACUUAUCACUUUCUCCUUUUAACAUGAAGUAAAUUUUUUAAAUAUGUAAAUAAAAUAUUAACAGGUAUACAGUGUUUAUAUGAGGCUUGUUUAUCCAGCUCUAAUAGUUAUGAAUGUUCCCAAUUUCUACUCCCAGAAAUGAAAUUGAGUAAUAGUUUUGCUCAGCCAUAGAGGAUGAAAUUGACUUGUGAAAGCCACUGGAAAUAGAGGAGAAUCCCAAGUAGGCAAAGAAACAAACAGUCUAGGUGUCAAGAAGAAAACUGGAAAAUUCAUAUAUGCAUAUAUAUAUAUAUAUAUAUAAAUUUUUUUUAACCCAGGAGGUAUUACUAUUACAUUCAUUCUCUAGACCAAAGUGAGCUUAUGAUAAACUGGUAGAUUUUUUGAAAUGUAAUUGUGGUAAGUUAUUGAAGUAUUUAUGUUUGUUUAUAUGCAUUUAAAUGCUUACAUUUUUAUAUUUAUUUUACAGACAGAUUUUGCUUUUUAUUUCAUUAUUUGACUCAUGUGAAGGUCACAUUAGGAAUGGCAGUCUAAAAUGCCCAGGAAAAAAGAUAAUUUCUAUUAAAAAUGAAUAAAGAUUUUUUCAAGCCA